AGGGUCUCUGGGACUGACUCACUGGUGUGGGGGAGCUUCCUCUGCCCUGUGGCUCCAUCCCGAUGAGGUGUGAUGACCAUGAGUCUGCACCCGCUCUCGUCCCACAGGUGUCCUCCGCUCUGGCCCCUCCGCUCCGGCCCCUCUGCCGCGCCCACAGCCUGUCUGGUCUGUGUCUCUCGCCCCUCUGCUCUGAGACUUGGGGCAGGAGAUUCGAGACCUCCCUCCCCCUCCCCAGUCCUGCAGCUGGGCACACGUUUGGACCCGACGGCCAUGGCCCCUGUGGGGGCCGAGGAGCCGAGCACGUCGCGGGCCGUGGUCCGCAGUGUGGGGGGUUUCGCCCUGGGCUUGUCCUUGGCCACGGCCUAUGGGCUCCUGGAGCUGCUGGUGGAAGAACACAGCCCCUGGGCCUGCCUCGUGGGCACCCUCACUCUGGCCGCCUUCCUCGGCCUGGGCAUGGGCUUCUCCCACCAGGUCCGGGUCACCGUCCUCCUGCUGCUGCCCCAGGCCUUCUCCAAGCAGGGCCGGGCCCUGUUGAUGGUGGCUGCCUUUGGGCUGGUGCUGCAAGGGCCUUGUGCCAACACCCUGCACAACUUCACUCAGGCCAGCAAGGCCGUGGCCUGCGGGGCAGAGCUGGCCCUGAACCAGACCGCCGAAGCGCUGGAACAGGCCAAGCAGCCCCUCGUCAGUGCCCUGAACAAGAUUAAGGCCAUUGCCCAGAAGGCCAAAGAGGUGGCUGACCGGGUUCGCAAGUUCUUUCGGUCGAUCAUGGACGGCGUGAAGCACGUAGCCAGGGCACUGCGGAAUGUGUGGUACUGGCUCCUUCACAUCGGGGACGUGUGCAACGCCGAGCUGGGCAACCCUUACGUGAAGUGCGCGCGGGUCUUCGACGGCGCCAAGGACAGCUGCAUGAGGACCGUACCGCGAGCCUAUCACCUGUGCUUCGUGCUCACGCCCUUCAAGCUGGUGCUGUGCGGACUGGCCAGCGGUGAGAGAGAGCCCAGGCUUGCCGCCGGGGGAGGCGGGGCGGGGGGGGGCGGGAGGAGCCAGAGGGGACCAGCCUGGAGGUCAGUAGGAAAGGUGGGAAGCCAGAGGCCUCUGUGCGCAGUAGGUCCCUGGGGGCGAGGGGCCGUGCAUCUCCCCCCCCCCCCCACACUCAGUCUCCGGGUCUCAGUGGUCCAGGUGUUCUGCAUCAUCCCCGAGUACAUCCAGCCCUUCUUGCGCAAGACCAUCGGCCCCCCUGUGAGGCACUUGAUCAACCGGGUGCGUCAGGAGUUUGAGUUCAACGUCACGGCCACCCACCACUUCUCUGUGGAUCUCAACGCCUCCCGGAGCCUGUCCCAGGUGGCCCUGGACCUGCAGGAAGCCGUCAGCAUGAAGCUGCACCGCGUCCGAGAGGCCCUGGCCCUGAUGGGCUACACCGCGCCCCUGCUGCUCCCGCUGCUCUACCUCCAAGCCCUGUGUUACCGGUACCGUUACCUGAACUGGCUCGGUUUCGACAACAUCUACAUUACCAGCCGAUUUCUGCUCAUGGAAGAUGUCCGCUCCAGGGCGGGCCUGCCCACGGUGCUGCCGCUCAGUGCCCACGAGGCCCGACAGUACAUCCAGCCCGGUUCCGUCCUCCUGUCCCGGUGGGAGCAGGUGUUCUAUAUCCUGGCAGUCUUCGACCUGGCCCGGUACCUCCUCCUCGUGCUCCUCCUGGUGUUCCUGGACUACGCCGUCUUCUGGGUGCUGGACCUGGCUCGGCACCAGCUGCAGGGGGAGAUCGUGGCCCGCAGCCCCGUGGCAGUGUCCAUAACCGUGGAGGGUCCCGGCUACGCCGGGAAGAUCUAUCGUGACCUGGUAUCAGCGUUUGACGUCCUGCAGCAGAGCAACAUCAGCGUCUUGUCCCCACGCUGCGUCCUGCGCCCCUCAGAGCCUGACGCCACGGGUUACGUCGUCAUCGGUAUCGGCCACACCCGGGGGGGGGGUGCCCCCGGGCGGGGAGGGGGAGCAGACAGCAUUCAGGGCACGAGGGGUACCCUGUGCCCAGGGACAGCAGCUCAGCGGGACUGCGUGCCCCCAGGCAUCAUGUACGGCCUGUGCUUCUUCGUCACGCUGUGUGGCAACUACGUCAGCAGGCUGCGGCGGGUCAUAUGUGCCUGGUACUACCCGUCCUGGGAGCAGGAGAGGAUCUCUUACCUGUACAACGUACUUCUGAGCCGCCGAACCAGUCUGUCGGCUGCCUUGCACCGAACAGUGAGGCGGCGGGCGGCCGACCUGGGCCACACGAGUGUCCUGCGGAUGCUGGCCAGGCGAUGCUCCUGUCUGGCUCCGGUGGUCGCCCACCUCUGGCAGGAGCAGGGUUACUGCCUGGGCUGUGGGCAGGGCUAUGACCAGGAGGACACGGAGACCUUUGUGUCCUGCGCUACCCCUGGCUGCCCAGGUCUCUUCUGCUCCACCUGCUUUCGUCUCCUGGACAACGCCUGCUCCGUGUGUGCAUCUCCCCUGUCCCACCAGGGGGACCUGGACCCCGAGCUGGACUCCAGUGACGAGGAGGGCCCCCGGCGAUGGCUGGCCGCAGCCCGGAGACAGGACCCCGAGCAGGAGUGGUUACUGAGGCAACAGCUGCAGGAAACGCUGGGCAGGACCCUCCCUUCGGGGUCCAGCCCUGAGGUCAGUGACCUGGACGAGGAGAAGGGGCCCCCGUAGAGGACUCAGAGGACAGAGGACACAGAUGCAGGGGCCCCACCUGAGAGGAUUCCCACACCCCCUCAGCCCGAGGGCACCCAGAGCGGCCCUUCUCUGGCUUCAGAACCCCAGCCCCUCCGUCUCUCACCUCCCUCCCCUCCUGAUGCCUCCUAGCUAACUCCCAAAUAAAGGACCCGAAGGCAGA